GUCAGACGUGGUCACACUGGUCACAAUGGAUGCCAUUCAUUUCCAUCCAAAUCGCGUCGAGCGCGUCGCGCGUGCGCGUGUUGUCUCGCACCUCCUCUGCACUGGAGAUUGCUCUUUUCAUCACAACUGGGAGCAUGGGAGGCAGGAGACGGCGGAAUUGGCGAGAGUUGGCGGCGUGACAAGUAAUGUGAUCAUUUUUUGUAGAAGGUUACUUUUUACAAAUUCUAAUACGCUCUAUUCAAUUACCUACUAUAGUAUAUGUGUAGUCACUGCUCCUUUGUAACAGUUGCCAAAUUAGCCGAAGGCCG